AUGAAAAGUGUACUGUAAAAAAUUAAAAAUAUAACAAAUGCUAGUGAAGUUGACCAAGCUGAUUUGAAAGAAAUCCUCUUCGCAAUUCUGGAGAAUUAUCCUGAAGGACAAAGAAAUCCAAAGCAUUUAAGCUUGAUAUCAUAAGCUCUUUUGACUAUAGAUUUCUUUAAGAAACUUUAAGAUGCAAGAGGAGAAGAUAGCAUUAAAUUAUGCGCUAUGCUUUUGAAGUAUGAAAAACAUUAAUUCGAUACAGACGUUAUUGUUCAUGGAGAAAGAGGAGAUAAAUUUUACAUCAUUUUGCAAGGAAUAUGCGAAAUUUAUGUGCCUAAUUCUUAAGGCUAAUUUGUAAAAGUAGGUGAGCUAAAAGCAGGAUAAAGUUUUGGUGAACUCGCACUUAUAAAUGAUUCACCAAGACGUGCCACGAUUAAAGCAUAAACAGAUUGUGACCUAGCGAUACUUUCUAAAAAAGAUUACAUCAAAAUUAUUGCGGAUAUGGAAGAAAGAGAAAUAAAGAAGAAAAUUUAGUUUUUGGAAGGCCUUCCUCUUUUCAAUCAAAUCCACAGAAGAUCCCUUCAUGAAUAUAUCUAUUAUUUCAAAAUAGUAAAUUACAAAUGGAAAGAUAUUGUCUAUCAGCAAGGAGAAGAUCCUCAGUAUGUUUAUAUAAUUAAAUCAGGAGAAUUCAUUCUCUAAAAAUUCAGUAGAUAAGAGAAAAACCAAAACUCAGGUAUAUUCCCCAUUACUGCUUAAGUUGCUAUUAUUGGUCCUGGAGAGAUAUUUGGAGAAGUUGAUUGUCUUUUGAACCACAAACGUCAUUUUUCAGUUUCUUGUCAUACUUAGUCUGCUGAAGUGUUCCUGAUAUCAAAGAAACAUUUUAGUGAGAGAAUUAUGGAUAACUACAAUAUUCGAGAAAAGAACUUUGUUGAGAAUUAUUUGGAUAAAAAAAUAUAGUGGAGAAACGAAAGAAUGAAUAGUAUAAAAACUGUUAGGAGAAUAGCUGAAUAAGAUAUUAAAUUUGCUUAUAAUAAAGUCUCUCCUCAGUCAAGGAAAUCUAAAAAAGAUAGCAUUUAGUAUGAUAAAAAUUCAAAUGAUCAAGAUUACAACUACAAUUCACCAGUUAAAACAAACAGAUAAAGUAUAAAUGCAAAUUUUAUGUUAACAGAAAUUGGUGACACCACUCAUAUGACUUAAAAUAAUUCUCUUAUUAUUGGUUCUCAAAAUAGUCCUGCUUCUUUUAGUCAUCUUGGCAAGUAAAAUAAAAAAUAAUUAAAUUUAAGGAGCUUAACAACUGCAACUCCUUCGCUAUCCAAAAGAGCUUCGACUGCUUUUAUUACUUAGAAGCCCUAAAAACUAGAAAAUAGAGAAUUUUUUAGCUCUUAAGUGGAGUGUAAAAGCACGAUUGAAGAUGGAUCACCUAUUAUUGCAGAUAAAAUAUAAAAUUAAGAUGCGGAUAGUUAAUAUGAGAUGGAUAAUAAUUAUAAUUUAGGAAACUCCAGUAACUAAUUGGAAGCUCUCAUUUUUUCUUCUCCUUUAAAAAAUAAAUUUAAUUAGAAUACUCAUUUUAAGCUCAAUGACCUCAGCUAAAAAAAAACUACACCUAAUAAUAAUAAUAAUUGUACACCAAAUAAAAACAUAAAUCUUAGCAGCUAAAAAAGUGAGCCUUCAAACUCUAACAACAUGAAAGAAUUAAUUCCUAAUAAUUUUGAAAUUGAAGAAAAUGAAGGUAUGAGAAAAUUCUUGAAAACAAACAGUGCAGUUUACAAAAUGAGAAAGCUUAACUAAGCAAAAUUAGAAAUUUGCAGACAACAAAAUAUUGAUGUGUAGGGAAAGUCAUUCAAAAACAUAGGCAUUAUUGAAGACGUUGAAUUACCAAAGUAUAUGUUGAAUAAACUAAAAAAUUAAAAUUCAAUCAUGAGCGUUAUUUAACAAAAAUCCUAAUCUCCAAGAAUUAUAGCGAAUAUUUCAGGUGUACAAACCCACAAAUCAGCAAAUUCAACCAUCUGUUCACCUUAAAAGAAAAGAUCUAUAAGUCUGGCAAACCAUAAUAAUAAUAAUAACUUUUCCAUAAUGCCCCCAAUAAAGAGCGAUGCUAUUUUUGAUGGAGACUUUAAAAAAAUAAACAAUAUUUUACAUGCUCCUCUGUAAAGAGUAGAAAAUGAUAAAUUAAAAUAAGUGAUAAACUAAAUGAAAUUUUUAGAUUCGUAAUAAUACAAAAUUCAAACUUAAUAAAUAACUCAAAACUCAUAAGGUAUUUAUCUAAAAAAAUCAAAUAUAAUUCCUAAAUCUCAAAACGAUCAAACAAGUAUUUAGUAAACCUUUUACAAAAGAUCAAUAUCACCAGUAAGUGUUCAAAAUAAAAACUAAUCAGUCUUGAUGCAUAAAUUCAUGCUCACUCCUUUGAGGUAACAUGACUAAAAUAGCUCUAAACUAAAUCCUGAAUUUACAACCAACUGGGAGCAUCUCCCAGAACCUAAUCAACCUCCUUUAAUAGCUAAUCCUCAUUUAAAUAUACAAAAUCUGUAAAUAAAAAACAUCAAGCUUUGA